UACCAGAAAAUACCUCACGAGUUCAUCACCUAACUAAACUUUUCUGUUUCUUGUAUUACAAGAAAACUCAAUCCAGACUUGUUAUCAUUACAAGAAUGGAGAACCAAGAACAUGGUUCAUCAUCGGGCAAGUAUAAGCCAUUUGUGGCUGCAGUUUUGUUGCAAGUUGGGUACGCAGGGAUGGACAUCUUGUCCAAGACGGCAUUAAACCAGGGUAUGAGCACUUACGCACUCGUCGUUUACCGACUUGCCAUUGCCACCGUUGUCAUGGCUCCUUUUGCGGCUUUUCUCAACAAGAAAGUGAGGCCUAAGAUGACACUAUCGAUCUUCAUCAAAAUAAUGCUGCUUGGCUUUCUCGAUCCGGUAAUUGAUCAGAACUUGUAUUAUCUUGGGAUGAAAUAUACGACUGCAACGUUUGCAACUGCCAUGUACAACAUUCUUCCUGCCAUUACUUUCGUUAUGGCUUGGAUCUUAAGGCUUGAGAAGGUGAACUUCAGAUCGAUCCGUAGCCAUGGGAAGCUUAUAGGAACGCUUGCAACGGUUGCAGGAGCGAUGGUGAUGACGCUGAUGAAAGGACCGGCGAUCGAAUUGUUUUGGACGAAGGGAAGCAUCAACCAUGAAGCAGCGGCAAAAAACAGGACGGAUCUCCACGAUUCGAUUAAAGGCGGCUUGAUGAUCACAGUUGGCUGCUUCAGUUAUGCUUGUUUCGUCAUUCUCCAAGCAAUCACUCUGGAUACAUAUCCUGCAGACCUUUCUCUUACAGUUUGGAUAUGUCUAGCGGGCACCCUUGAAGGUACCAUUGCAGCUUUGGUGAUGGAGAAGGGAAAUGCUUCCAUUUGGGCUAUUAAAUGGGACACCAAGUUGCUCACUGCUGCAUACAGUGGCAUUGUAUGUUCAGGACUUAGCUAUUACAUUCAAGGGAUGAUAAUGAAACACAGAGGUCCAGUGUUUGUGACGGCUUUUAGUCCCCUAUGCAUGGUUAUUGUAGCCAUCAUGUCCUCUUUUGUUCUGGCUGAACAAAUGUUCCUGGGAAGGGUGGUUGGAGCUAUCGUUAUAAUUGGGGGUCUGUAUCUGGUGCUGUGGAGUAAAAGCAAGGAUUACAAGUCGCCGCCAUCGCCGUUAAUCGAUGGAGUAGAUAAAGGUAACAAGGAGAGUUUUGAUCAUGAGGCCAUGACCAUCACAGGUGCUGAAAAUUCACAAGAGAAUUUUCAUUCCAUUAUUGUAUAAGACUUGUCCAGAAUGGAUAUGAUUUUCAAUAUUCCCAUCAUUUUCACUAUCAUCCAAUGAUAUGAUGAUUUUAUCCCAAGCGGAU